UCUCAUUUAGUAUGUUCGGAAUUUUGACAACUGUCAGAGCGACGAAAAAAUAUUUGUAUGAAAAAGUACGCUGAAAUCAGAAUAAGAAAGGACUAUCAGCGAUGGGCAAGGAUUUUUACAAGACUCUUGGCAUCUGUCGCAAUGCCAAAGACGACGAGAUUCGAAAAGCGUACCGGAAAUUGGCGUUGAAAUAUCACCCGGACAAAAACAAGACUAAAGAAGCUGGAGAACGUUUCAAAGAGGUCGCUGAAGCCUACGAGGUGCUCUCGGAUAAAAAGAAACGCGACAUAUACGAUCAGUACGGCGAAGAUGGGCUUCAGCACGGCAUACCCGAUCAUCAAAGCGAUUCCAGCAGCUCACGACGAACAUAUCAAUUCCAUGGCGAUCCCCGAGCAACAUUCGCCCAAUUCUUUGGCUCCUUUGAACCGCGAGAUAUAUUUGGCGAAGCCUUUGACAUGGAUUUUGACAACAGUCCGCGGGGAAAGCAGGAAUGCCGGCUGGAACAGGAUCCCCCCAUAGAGCACGAGCUCUAUGUCUCCCUCGAGGACAUAAACAGUGGAUGCAGCAAGAAAAUGCAAAUAUCACGUAUACGAAUCGUCGGCCACAGUCUGCCACGCAAGGAGACAAAGAUGCUCAGCAUUGAGAUAAAACCCGGCUGGAAAUCGGGAACAAAGGUAACAUUCAGCAGAGAGGGCGACGAGUCGCCCAAUCGCAUCCCGGCGGACAUAGUGUUCAUCAUACGGGACAAGCCGCAUCCGUUGUUCAAGCGCGAUGGCAGCGACAUCCAUUUCACUGCUCGCAUCUCAUUGAAGCAGGCGCUUUGUGGCGCCACUAUUGACGUGCCCACGCUCCAGGGUGAAACACACGUCUUCAAGAGCAACGGCGAGAUAAUUACACCGCAUACUGUGAAGAAAUUCAAAGAUCGUGGUCUGCCCUAUUCAAAGAAUCCAUCACAACGAGGUUCACUUUGUCUCAAAUUUGAUAUUGAAUUCCCUGACAAGUUACCUCAUCGCCUGGUCGCAUCCUUGGAGGAGCUAUUGCCCAACUGUUGAACAUAUUUCUAAUUCUUGAGUAAUCGUAUAUUAAUGUAAAUUCCUUGUCAAAUGGUAAAAUUUCUAAGCAAACUAAAC